GUUUUGACAUUGACAUUUGAAAACAAGCAAGGAUUUUUAUUUUGUAAACAAAACAUGUGAACAUCAUGGGAUUGUCCGAUUUGCUUGGGCGGUGAAUGUUUAAUUUAUGUGUAAAUCUUCAGUUUAAACUAUGAUUAUUGCUCUGCAGACCUUGGUUUUCUUCCGGGAGUCUCUUUUCGCUGCGAUAGACCGGUUGCUCCGGCCGUAUUACAAGCACUUCUCUUUGACAUUCAACCGGCACGGUAAUGUCUCUGACGAUGAGGAGUCCGAAGAUCAUGUGUUUGCGGAGUUUGACGAUGAAAAAGGAGUGGUGUUCUUCCCGCCGAUGUAUGCACAACGGUAUGCGGCGGUCAGCGACUGUCUCAUGGAUGAGCGAUGGUGCGGGCAGCUUGAAAAGGUUGUGGAUUUUGGAUACCAUGAUAUGAGUUUCAUCAAGUAUCUAAAAGAAGUUCCUGGUAUCAAGAAAAUUCUAGGCGUAGAUAUAGAAAGCAUCCCUUUGAGGUGUUCAUCAGACCUGCUUGGUUGUGAAGAGUAUGUGCCUAAGAGAGAGAACCCACUUCAGGUCAUACUGUAUCAAGGCAAUGCAGCAGACCCUGAUUACAGGCUCAUAGGCUGUGAUGCAGUCAUCGCAAUUGAGAUGAUCGAGCACAUGCUCCCACAUGACUUGGAAAGGAUUGUGCACACCAUAUUUGGGUUCAUAAAGCCACGGAUCGCAGUCAUUACCACUCCUAAUGGUGAUUUUAAUCCAUUGUUCAAAGCUUUAGAGAAAAACGGUCUAAGGAGGUUGGAUCACUUUUUUGAAUGGUCCAGAGAGCAGUUCCAUGACUGGUGUAGCAAUAUUGUAGUCCGGUAUCCUCAAUACACAGUUUCCUGUAGAGGGGUGGGGCCAGGCCCUCAGGGUACAAUACACUACGGUUGUUGCAGUCAACUGGCUCUCUUUGUCGCCAAAGAUUACCACAAGCAGCAGGACUUGAAUUUGAACAGCCUUGCUUUAGUACCAAAAGUACCAAGUCCUUUCAAUGUGUGUGAAAUGAUUGGAAGCAUAGACAGUCCUGGUGUGCUAACAGACAGUAACAACAUGCUGUGUUCACCUAACAACAUGGAUUCCUACACCGAGCUUGUGUUCUCUGACAAGCAGUCUUGCGUCACUAUCAUGCUGUCUCCUUCCUUUUCCCUCGAUUCGAUGGAGUGUCGUGAUAACACUGCGCAGUGUAACCUUGAUAAGGAACUAGGAAAGAACUUUUUGUUUGACGAAGAGCCUUGUUUUGGCGUGCUUUGGCCGAGAAGGAAGAACGACAAUCGGGUGUAUGUGAUUGAAGAUGUUAAUAGCAGGUUAAACUGUACAACGCUCCAAGUGAAAAAAUUCUCCAAAAUCACCCAGAAUAUGUUAGCAAGGAACAGAAUAGACUCCCUCGGUCAUACCAGGGAGGUUGUGGAUGAGAUCAAGCACCUAACCAAGAUGUUGAACUUCAAAAACGAAGCAAUAGAUAAGGUUGAGGGCUCCCAGAUAUGGAACAACAUCAACUGGGGUGACAAUGCACCGUACUGGAAUCAAUAUUACAAGAUUGUUAGGGAAUACAACUAUCCCUUUGAGGCGAAAACAGAAGAAGGUCGCAUCCUCGACUUGAUAUCGGACGAGAUAAAUAGGCUUAUAGACUCGCAAUACGAAGAGGACUUCUCAGUCGAUGCCAACAAGCUGGAAAUACCUCUAGAUUACCUGAUGCGAGCUGUUCAACACAUAACUAAUGACGUGGAGAAAGUUAAAGACCUAAUGGAGUGGAACGGCUACGAGAUAGUGGACGGUAUGGUGAUAUACUCGCGACUGGUUCUCGACAACGCGUCGCUCGGAUCGCCGGACGACGAGUGGCAUGACAACGACACGUUCUCUGAAGUAAUCAUGUUUUGAUUGUAUUCACUCAGUUCCCAUGAUAGUACGGCAAAACAUAAGAUCUUAAACUUCAAUUGAUUUUGAACCGUACAUUCAAGGAGUAAAGUUCAAAAUCUAUCGGCAAUCUGCGACAUUUUGCGGCAGGUUGACCUUUUGGUGACUGCAAUAUUUUGCGCGUAUUCGUUUCGUAAACGUCAUUUUUUGAUCUAAUUUUCGUUCGUUAUGAAAACGUUUAUGCGAUAAGCAAGCAGGAUUGCUGCUGUGAUCACCAUGAUUUGUUAUACGUUCGGUCAAGACCAUCAGACGAAGGUCAUGCAUGCAUCACAUCUUUUAUCUUAAUGUUUUUAAAAAGUUUUGCUAUUUAUGUUAGUUAAAUAUUUCUCCCCAUUACUAUUCAUGUAAGGAAUAACGUUUUUGUUGCAUUUUAAUGUUAGUUGUAUGGCAACAUUAAGUUAACGGUUAAAAUAUGUGCCAUUAUUCCUAGACCUAUAAGCUAUUCAAAAAGUUUGUUUUAAUUUAAGAAAGUUAAUAUUGUGUUUUAAGGAAUUAAAGAAAUAUUUUUAUA